AAUUUUUGGCGAAAUUCAAAAUAAUCAAUGGUUUAUAUUUACUACUAUUAUAUAUAUUUUUUCAAAAUAAUAUUAAUAGUUAUAAUACAAUGGGCGGGCGUUUGCGGUGAUUUAGUUAAAAUAAUUUAAACAUUUUAGUGUAUCAUUAUGUCGAAAGAAUCCGGUUCUAAAGAAAAACGUAAACACCUAAAAAAAGACGACGGCUCUAAAGUGCUCAAGGUGUUGACUCUGUUCGAAUACCUUACUAAACUGCCGGAAGCUAUACAAGACCGGCUUUACAGUCAUCCGCCAACUUGCCUGACUGUCUUCCGAGUUCUGCCGGACAUAGCGCAACAGUUCACAUUGCGCAUACUAUUUAUUGAACAACCAGUACCGCAGUCGGUGCUAUCAUCUUGGGUUCCUGCCAAUUACUCAAAUGAGCUCGAAGAGUCUAUCAAAGUGGCCACAAAUUUGCAUAUAUGGAAAUUGACUGGCGUGUCGGGAGGUUUGAAAGGAUGGAUUUUGAAUUCGACAUUUAAAAAAAAACUCAAGGUAGCGCUGAUGGGCGGCGGCCGCUCUACUGUAUCCAAUAACGAAGUAACAGCUGAUCCCAAAGCAAGAGAUGUUGACUUCCUCGAUGCUUACGCGUACGAAAGAUGGGAAUGUAUUUUGCACUACAUGGUCGGCUCUAAAAACGAAGGCAUAUCGGCUGACGCGGUCAGAGUGUUGUUGAAUGCGGGUCUCAUGGUUCAAGAUACCGAUGGCAGUCCAGUGAUCACGUCAACAGGGUUUCAGUUUCUUCUGUUGGACAUGGCGACCCAAGUUUGGUACUUUAUGCUGCGUUACAUGGAAACUGUAGAAGCACGAGGGCUUGAUCUCGCUCAAUGUCUGACGUUCUUAUUUCAAAUACAUUUGGGUACCUUGGGUUGGGACUAUAUUACUGAUGAAAUGUCCGAAAACCUACAAGCGUUCCUACAACACCUGCGAGAAUUUGGAUUAGUUUACCAAAGAAAACGGAAAGCCGGUCGUUUUUACCCUACCCGUUUGGUAAUAGAAAUGGGCCAGGGUAGUAGUCGAACAUCUGAACGAAUGAAGAACAAAGAGCGUUAUAUUAUUGUAGAGACUAAUUUCCGAGUGUAUGCCAUGACAGAUUCAGACCUUAAAGUUGCUUUAAUUGCAUUGUUUACACAUAUGUUAUACAGGUUUCCAAAUAUGGCUGCUGGUAUACUUACUCGAGACUCUGUACGUACAGCAUUACGCAGUGGUAUUACGGCUGCACAAAUAGUGAGGUUUUUGACUGUUCAUUCACAUCCACAAAUGCAAGAAGGCGGUAUGCCCCAAACUAUUAUCGAUCAAAUUUAUUUGUGGGAAAAUGAAAGAAACAGAUUGGCGUACACCGACGGAGUGCUCUACAGCAACAUUAACACUCCGAAUGACUACGAAACAAUUAAAAACUAUGCCUCCGAUAUUGGAGCACUGGUGUGGUGUGAUGAAAGAAGACGAAAUAUUAUUGUUAGUACGGACGGUCACGAUGAUGUAAGAAAAUUCUGGAAAAAACAACCAAAAUCUGAUCCUUUUUAAUUGGUAACAAAAUAUGGUCUCAUCCUUUGUUUUUGGAAUGAAUGAUUUUUUUUUUUUGUAAAAUAAUAUUUAUAAAUAAUAUGUUAAGUUAAAGUUAAAUCUUAGCAAAAAAAUUAUACAUUGUAAAUAUUACAUACAUAUUUAUAAAAAAAAAUAUGUAGAUUUUCAAGUUAUUAUAAUUUUUAUUUAGUAUUAAUUUGUACAUAAAUAUA